AUGUAUGCAUGUGAAGAGGGAACUCUGAAUUAUUCAAAAAAGAUUUUUGAAAAAUUCGAAAUAAGUGAUAUUUUUGCUACAAAUGUGCAGCAGAGUGACAAUGAAAAGAUUGAGAUAGCCGAUAUUAUAAAACGCCUGGAACAAGUGAAUUCAAAGAAGAAAGAAGGAAGCGGGCGGAAAUUUCGAAGUUUGUUAGCCGCAUUGAAGUCUCAUAUAACGGUGUUGGAUAAUCGCUUGAAGAGGGAUGAAUGCGCUGACAAUCCGUGCAUGAAUGGCGCAACAUGCAUCGAUCUGUACAACAAAUUUAUGUGUAUAUGUCCACCGCAUUUUGAGGGUGAAACAUGCGAAAACCGUAUGGAUGAAUGCAGCUUUUAUGAGGGGACACCGGCCGGAUGUCAGAAUAAUGCAUCUUGCAUCCCGAAACCGGGUGGAUUUCACUGUAUAUGUCAACAAGGUUUCCAUGGAACUUUAUGUCAAUUGCGAGCAACAGCAUGUGAAUUUUCAUUGGAUUUAUGUGGCUCCUCUGGACAUUGCAUACCAACUCAGCCGGAUCCAGAAUCCAAUGAACCUGGUUAUCGUUGUCUUUGUGAGUGGGGUUAUCGUUCUUCCACUGAUAAGAACAAUCCAGUUUGUGAGGACGUAAAUGAAUGUGAGUCAAAUCCAUGUUAUCCCGGAACAGCUUGCAUCAAUUUGCCUGGUUCUUACAAGUGUGGUGGUUGUCCGUCGGGAUUGACUGGAAAUGGAAUGAUUUGUUUGGAUAUUGAUGAAUGCGCAAAUGAGAAUCUGGAAACUUGUUCUAAGGAUCCACCAGUGAAAUGUAUCAAUACUAUUGGCUCUUAUGAAUGUGCACCGUGUCCACCUGGCUAUAAGGGUAACGGUCACAUUUGUAAAAAGCAGAGCCCAUGUGAGCUAUCUCCAUGUCAUUCGAAGGCUAAGUGUUAUAAUAUGGGCAUGAGCUCACUGGACGAGGGAGAUUUCCGAUGUGAAUGUCCCGCCGGAAUGAUUGGUGAUGGAAUCGGUACUGAAGGUUGUUAUCAUUCAAAUGUAACACUUUGCCGUGCCAAUACAUGCUACAAUCAAGGAACAUGUCAGAUAAUCUCGGAGGAAGAAUACAAAUGUUACUGUAAAUGGGGUUACGUUGGUAAACACUGUGAAUUAGCUAGUGCUUGUCUAAGUAAUGUAUGUCGAGGUCGUGGCGAAUGUCUAAUCAAAAAGGAUGGCUCAUCUGAAUGCAUAUGCUUGAGGGGUUAUUAUGGUCCAACAUGCGAAUAUGAGGAAGAUGGUUGUGGUGGUCACAUAACGAAUGCAACAGGUGUAAUUAAAUAUCCGGACUGGACAUGGUAUCAUUUUGGCCGCAGUAAAAUAUGCGAGUGGAUCAUUACGGUUAAUGAACCGAGUAAAGUGAUUGAGAUAAACUUUACAAGUUUCCACUUACCAACUAGACCGGCAAUAUGUGCUAUGGCUGAUGCAAGUGUUACUUUACGUGAUGGCGAACAUGCAAAUAGUCCAUUAGUAGGCAUAUUUUGUGGCCCAAGAGGAUCUACAAUGGUUCCAGUUUCUCGUCCAAUUUAUUUUUCAUCAAACAAAGCUUAUAUUGCAUUUGUUUCUGGUAAAAGUAGUAUUGGAAUUGGCAAUUUUGCAUUGCAAUGGAGAACUGUCGAGAAAAAAUGUGGUAAACGACUCUAUAGCGAUGAUGGACAAAUAUCACUGUAUGGUUAUGAGAGAAACGAAGUUUGCCAGUGGCAUGUUUCUGUUAAUCCAAGAAUGCAUGUUGAAAUUACUGUGGAACCGAUCAGAUUUGCUUCAGGCGACAUGCGAAAUUGUUCAAUCAACUCACUCGAGCUCUUUGAUGGCCUCGAAAUUGACGAAACGGAACGUAUACUACACUUAUGUAAUAGUGAGUCUACACGAACUUUGGUACGUACGACACUACCAUACUUCACGGUUUACUUCAGGAGCAAUUAUCCUAUUGAUUUCCCCGAAGAACAUUGUGACAGUGAUUCUCUUUGCAGUCGUGGUUUCACCAUUCAUUUUAGAACUAUUAAACUUGACAAAGAUUGUGGAGGUACAAUUUUGCCGGAUGCUGAUGGCUCAUUUGAAGGUUAUAUUCAAUCACCGAAUUAUGGUUUCAAUUAUUUCGCAAAUUUGGAUUGCUUAUGGUUGCUUGACGCUUCUUCUAUCGCCAAUGGCUACGAUGCGAAAGUGAUAAAAGCGGAAAUUAUUGAUUUGGAUGUGCCUUCUGCUCCUCCAAGAUCUAUAAAAGAAACUUCUCAUUUUCGUCUUUCGUUUUUGGAAGCAACCGGUCCAUCCCAGCGAUUGCUGAAUCUCAUAAGACCGUGUCGUUUUGAUUACAUUACGUUCAGAAAUGGUGAAGAUGCAUCGCAUCCUAUGCUGGGACGUUACUGCAACAGCAGACGACCCGAAGGUCCGAUCGUAUCAUCAGGGCCAAAAAUGGUUGUACAGUUCCAUUCGAAUCAAUCUAUCAACGGAAAGGGAUUUAAAAUUUAUUAUUCUGCUGCAUGCGAAAAGCAUUUUACAUCACUGAAUGGAACCAUUCAAAGUCCUAAUUAUCCGAAUGGCAGUAUCCACCCAUUUAAAUGUACCUAUGUUAUUGAUGCUGAAAAAACGAAAGCGAUACGACUGAAAUUCAAUUUCAUUGGAUUGAAUGCAGAUGUUAAGACAUGCUUUUAUGAUGUCACCAAACAUGAUCUAUUGGAAGAUUACGUCGAAUUCUCGGGUGGCCAUGAUUCACAUGAUCAGAUCAAUAAACGAUACGUUUGCGCUCGAUAUCCCUUCGUCGCACCUGACGGAGAAAUGGUGGCAAGUGCUUCAAGGCCACUAAGUAUCACACUGAGUUCAAGCGGUAUUGCCAAUAAGGGCAUAUUUUUCUUAUACGAACAGUUUGACGUAGGUUGUGGUGGAGUAUUUGAAGGAGAAUCAGGCCAAAUAACAAGUCCGAACUACCCAGAAAAAUAUUUGGCGCACAUGUACUGUAUAUAUGUGAUUAACACAUUGGAUAAACGGAUUCGGCUAACAUUUGAAGUAUUUGAAUUAGAGGUUGUACCGAAUCGAGAAGAUUGCUCCUUUGAUAGUAUCGAAAUUUAUGAUACCUACGUAAAUGAUAAUGACCAUAGCAAAUUACAUGGAAGAUUCUGUGGCACACUACUUCCGCCUCCAAUUUUAUCUACUGGAAGUCGGUUAACUGUUGUAUUCAAAAGCGAUCGUUCAGUAAAUGGCGCUGGUUUUAUGGCCAAAUGGCAAGCUGUUGAUGAUAAGACUGAUUGCCAUAGAACAUAUACGUCCACAAGCGGUAGAAUCAUAAUUCACGCUGAGGCAGAGAUGAAGUUUAUGCAAUGUGACUAUCAGAUUGCGUUGCAAUCCUCGAAAAGGAUUCUUCUUCUAUUUGAAAAUAUGUCAGCCCCUUGCGAUGAAGGAACAUUAAUGUUGAGAAAUGGAGUAAAUGAACAAUCGCCUGGUUUUGCCGGACUUUUCCGCGAUUCCGAAGUAUGUGAUGAUCAUCCUGUUAGAGAAUUACGCUCUCAAGGCAAUAGCGUUUUCAUGCGUUUAACGACAAGAAAUGCGCCAUUAGUGAUGUUUACCAUUUACUACCAGCAAAUUGAUUCUGAUUGUGGAGGACGAUUGGAUGGUUUUAAUGGUGCCUUAUCAGCUCCACAAUAUCCGCUGAAAGAUUCGCGAACUCUGAACUGUGAUUGGCAUAUCCACGUUGCUGCAGGUAAUCGAAUCCGCUUCACCAUUACAGCGCUUGAUGAUUUGAAUUCAGCUGAUUCCAAUGGCUUUUGUUCAUCAUUUGCUCCAAAUUAUAUUGAUAUUGCUGAAGGUUCCUCAGUAUCUGCACGUAUACUAAGGCGUUAUUGCAAGAAAGACAUUUCAUUGUCAUCUAUUGAUUCCGAGAAAAACGAAUUAACAAUUCGAUAUCGUCAACAUGGUGGAACCCAUUUUGGUUCACUUUUUGGAUUUCUUGCACAUUACACCACUGUAUGCAAUGGAAUCUUGCUGUUCGGCCAACAUGGUGUUCUUCAAAGUCCAGGUUAUCCAGAUCGAACUCUUGAAAAUCGUUUUUGUAAAUGGCGUAUACAAACAACGAAAGGAAAUCGGAUCCGAUUGAUAUUCCAUUUUUUUAGAAUUGCAGAAUCAAAUACUCAUUUCACACCAUUUUGUUAUAUCAAUUAUCUUGAAUUUGAUGAAAAUCAAAUACUGGAAUCCUCUGUUACAAUCGACAAUCAGCAGAGCCACACAAAAACAAUGCAAAGAUUCUGUGAUCAUAUUGGCAAACCAGUUUGGAUUUUGACAAAAAAUGAAGUGGUUGAUAUUACAUUUUCUUCGAAAACUGAACCCGAGAAUCAUUUCUGGCUUUCAUGGUCAAAUGAAGGUUGUGGUGGUGACAUUAUUUCACCAACAACUGUAAUUAUUGAUAUCGGAAAACUAGUAAACAAUUCAAAAAUUUACGAAUGUACGUGGAAAAUAGUUGCACCUAUCGGAAUGCGAGUACUAUUUCGUAUCGAGAAACUGUCUGUGUUUAAAAUUACCGAAGGCUGCACUGGAAAUGAUGGCGAACAGUUUAGCGGCCUUGCUUUUUACUCAGGUACAAGUAAUGCAACCGGUUUCCCUCAAAAAGUCAUUUGUUCGAGUGAGGAGGGGGAUAAUUAUACGUCACAUACGAAUGAGUUAUUUGUAAAAUUCAAAAUCCCCAGCAGACUAGCCAAACCAGACAUGAAAAAACGUAUCAUGAUCGGAAAAGUAUCAUUCGUAUCUGCAAAGGCAGGUGAUGAAUGUGGAGCUUCUAUCGAGAUGAAACGAAAUGAAACGAUUCAAUUACACUCACCAAAUUACCCAAACCUUUAUCCGAAAUCAGUUGAGUGUAUUUGGUUGAUAAAAGCACCGAGUGGCUACUCGAUUCGGUUUAAUUUAACGCAUUACACGGCUUUAAAUUAUCAUCCCCAACGACCAGAUAUAAAAAUAUGGCGUCCGAAUUUUGCUACAAAUAUUACGCUUACAUGCCAAAACUCGCGAAAUAUCCUUGAGGGAUCGAUAACAUUUUAUGAUGGCAAUAAUACUAAUGUGGAAAUAUUGGAACGUUUUUGUCACAACUUGAAGCAGCCGGAAGUUCUUACGUCAACAACCGAAGAGGCGCUGGUCGCAUUCCAAGGUGGCCCUUACGAACGGAUGUAUUUAUCGGGAGACGAUGAACGCGCUCAUAAUAUCGGCUUUGUGUUAUAUAUAUCUUUAGCGUGUGGUGGUACGCUGUAUGCCGAGAAUGAACUCAAAACAUUCCAAAUACAUGCUGUCGGAGAGGACGAAUGCCAAUUUCUUAUCAGAGCUAAAGAUGGACAACGCGUAUACCUUCGUCUUGAUCAGUUACGUUUUAGCAAGCGUAAAACUUUGAAAGCACUCGAUAAAUCAAGAGCUACCGUUUUCGUUUAUGACGGCGCGCAAGAGGAUGCAUCCGCUCUUGGAAUGUAUCAUCUUGAAUGCAACCCUUCAAUCUCAAAACAAAUAUCACUUGCCUGUACUAAUCGUGAAUUACGCUCAACAGGCAGUGUUCUCAAAGUGCAUUUAAAAGGACUGAAUACAAUGCAUUUAGAACACAUUCACUUCUCUUAUUCUACACAAAUCGAAAGUUGUGGUGGUAUCAUUCAUUCGAUAGCUGGAAUUAUUUAUUAUCCAUUCAUUGAAAAUGAUUUUGAAUGUGAAUGGUUCAUAAAUAAUACAGAAGGAAACAAAGUGGAGCUCGAAAUUUUUAAACUGAAAUUACCUUUUUCGGAAUAUUGUGCAGAAUCCUACUUGGAGAUACGCGAAAGCAAUAGUAGCGGGAGAAUUGUGACAAGAGCUUGUUCUUUUGAAGAUGUCACGCCAACGAUAAUUAGUCGAGCAUUUUGGAUAAGAUUGAGAUAUAGUGGCAGUGAAGAUGACAGUAGUGACAUCGAGCCACUAAAACCGGAAUUAAUGAUUAAAUUUAAAAAGGUGUUUGGCGGCGUGACAAAUGACGCAACAGUAAGUUCACCUUUAACCGAAGAUUGGCAGUCUAUGAAUUUUGCACCACUGGAAUGGACACUAAUUGGUGAGGACGAUCACUGGUUAAGAAUUUCAAUCAAAAAUAUUGAAAUACCGGAUGAGCGAGGUGAAAAUAACAUGGAUAUCGAGCAAAGGGAUAGUUUGAAAGGACUUGUUUUCAAUGAAGGGAUUUGCAUGUUGAGCGGUGAGAACGAUGGAUGUGGACGAGUGGAAUUUGUCCAUGCGGGAUAUACACCACCAAAUGAUUUCUUCAUUAAAUCACAUUUGGCCACGGUUUUAUUUAAUGCACCGCCGGGAAGCUCAUUUCGAUUUAUUUGGGAAAAUAUCCCAAUUGCUAUAGCUAAUGCUUCACUUUCAAAAACAAAUCAUUCUAUUACUGGGGGCUCAAUGCAUGAAUUCACUUGCGGUGGGACCCUUACGGCAACAUUUGAUUCGCAAUAUCUUACAAAUCCAGGUGGGAUGUCUAUGGAUGGUAAAUUCACAACUGUACUUCCUCUCACAUCAACUAUACAAGCUUGGCGAUCUAUUAAUAUGUUUCGUGUCUCGAGAUGGCAUGGAGGUUACGCGAAUAACUUAAAAUGUCGAUGGACAAUAAUCCGGCCAAUAUUUGCUGGUGUUAUGCUUAAAAUAAUUUCAAUGGAUCUUGAGGAACAUGUUGAUUGUCGUUUUGACUAUGUUGCUAUUUCAUCAGAUCUAGGCGGUGUUAGUUAUGAGGAUGGACAACUUGUUGGUGAUGUCGCUAAAUUUUGCAAGCACAAAGAUGUGGGAACGGAAGAAUUAUUCAGCUCGGAAGAGGCAGUUACAAUUUUUUUCGUGACGGAUCGGAAUAGAGGUGGUCGAGGAUUUGUCAUUGAGUACAGGCUGAUUUGCCAGUCAUUUGAUUACAUACCAACAUCUUUGGGUGUUUUUAACAAGAUCAUACAAAGUCCAAAUUAUCCCAAUGAAUACGGUAACAAUUUGUCAUGCUCUUGGUCGAUCAUGCUAGAAAGUAGUCGACCAAUUUUGGCUAAAUUUCUUACUAUGGAUAUUGAGAACAGCCCGUUGUGCAAAAAAGAUGGCAUCGUUGUGCACUCCAAUCCAAUCUAUAUGGAUGGAACGGCUAAUAAUAAAUUAUGUGGUAAUCUAUCUGAAUGGAAUAAAACGUUCCCAAAUGGAAGAGUUUUUAUUGGCUUCACGACUGAUUCAAAUAUUGUUGGAAAAGGCUUCAAAUUGCAACUGACAGAACAAAUUUAUGACUGUAGUUCAGACGGACUUAUAUUAACUGAAGGCGAUCCUCCAAAAGUACUCAGUUCACCAGGAUUUCCAAGAACAUCACCAAAUUCUUUGGAUUGCUUUUGGACAAUCAGCGCAUCCAGCGGCCAUCGCAUAAAAUUUACCGUUGACCCAAUCAGUUUCAAUCUUGAAGACAGUUCCAUGGAAGAUGAGUGUUCUACCAAUUACUUGGAAAUAAGGGAUGGGCCUUCAAAAUUAUCACCUGUAGUUGGGCGAUACUGUGGAAAAGAACCACCAAGUACUAUAUUCAGCACCGGAUCCUAUCUAAACAUUCACUAUCAAACAGAUUCAUUUGCACAUUUUUCGGGCUGGAAUGCUACUUAUGAAAUUGCAUCAUGUGGAGGUAGUGUUGUUAUUCCUAUGAAUGGAAAUCGUGUGAUUACUAGUCCAAAUUAUCCUGAACCCUAUCCAAGUCAAACUACCUGUGAUUGGACUAUAGUGGCUCCGCGAGGACAUUACACAUUUUAUAUAUUUAACAAUUUAAUUUUAUACAUUCUGAAACCAACAUGUGUAUCGAACGCGGUACGUGGUAAACAUUUCACAUCAACUCAAAAUAUUAUGGUUGUUUCAUUCCGAUCAAACAAUACUGUGGGCCGAUCGAGUCGUUUGUUUUGUUUGGAAAAGAAAUGUGGUUUCCAUCUUAGUUUAGUUCUCAGCAAAAUAGAAUGUGGAGGAGAUAUAAGUGAUAAUUCUGGCUACAUUACCACUCCCGGUUAUCCGGAUCAGCUUCAGGAGCAUAUCAUAUGUGACUGGGUAUUCCGAGCAGGAAUUGGUUUUCGUUAUGUUUUAGAUUUUUCAUUCGUCAAGCACGAGACUACAUACAACGAAGUUGGAUGUUAUCCGGAUAUCUAUAUUGCUAAUGGUUUGAAUAGGCUGGUAGAUUACUAUGGUUUUGUGGAUCGUAUUUUUUGUUCUAAUGAAACACGAUUUGUAUCGACAGCAGAUUUGAUCACUAUGCGUUAUAAUGAUCGAGCCGCUAUGUAUGAGAAACAGAAUAUGCUGGAACGUGGAAUAUCGUUUGAGAAAAUUUAUGCUCCAUUCCGAAUCUCCUAUUUCAAGGUACCAGCUGAAUUCGAUGAAAAUGCAUGCAUAUACCACGUUAAAAGGAAUGAAACUAUUGAAUUGAAAGGUGCAAAAGUUUCGAGACAUCCAAUCGCCACAUCACCUGAUAUCGACUACUGCCAUCUGCUCAUAGAACGGCAGUUUCUAGCAGGCACUACGGUAUUACGUUUCAAAAAUUUUUCAAUCUCUGAAAGUUCAUUUUGGAAACCUAAUAGUAAAUGCUUGGAUACUGAGAGCUAUGUGCUUGUAAAAGCGUCUGAUAAUGAACCAUGGCCUUUCGAAGCACGCUUUUGCGAUGGGUCCUUAAAAAAAAUUGCUAAUUUCACAGUGGCAUUGCCACAUAGAAGUUUCGACAUUCAUGUUUUUCAAAGAUUGCAUUUGUCAUCAAUCUCGUUCAAUCUCACCGUUCAAUUCUUACCUUGCGGUGGUUUGAUUCAAGGCCCGGAAUCGGGUAUUUUAAUAAGUCCUGGUUUUUAUCGAAAGGGGAAUAGCACUUAUGAGCCUGAUACGCAAUGUGUUUGGAGUUUGAAAGCUCCCGAGGGACAAAUUGUUAAGAUCAAAAUAACUGAUAUGGAUUUGGAAUACAAUGUGGAAUGCAAGCACGAUUUCUUGAAACUAUUUGAAGGAGGUGGUACUGAUGCAUCACUGAUACACAUAUAUUGCAAUAAUCCACAAGAUGAACCAAUACAAGAUCGAUUCAAAGAAGUGAAGUCUAGGGGACGAUAUCUAACACUUUAUUUUUUCACUGAUAAGUCUAUUGAACGAAGGGGCUUUCGUCUGGAAUACAGCUUUUCUGGUUUUGAAGAUGAAUGUGGAUUUACUACAAAUCGUAUGACUGGCACUGUUAUAAGCCCAAAAAGUCCAUACGAUUACCCGAAUAAUGGUUAUUGUUUAUGGGAUAUUUCGGUACCACUUGGCUAUCAUGUGGCAUUAUACUUUCAUCGUUUUGAUGUGCAACAGUCGGAUGGUUGCAGCAAGGAUUAUGUUAAGAUAAGUCAGGAACAUCACUCAAGAGCUAUGGCACCAAUUGGGGGUUAUUACUUCUUAUUCGAUCAUGAAGAAGAGCUGAAAAAGAUUUGUGGGUAUGAAACACCUCGUGUGUUACAUUCAGAAAGUAAUCGUAUCAAAAUCGAAUUCAAGUCGGAUGAUAAAAUAACAGGGAAAGGAUUUAAUAUAACAUGGAAAUCAGAAUGUGGUACUACGUUUCGACUGAACCAUGGUGUGAUUACAUCACCUCACUAUCCCCGUUUUUAUCCAAACGAAGACAUGGAAUGUGAUUAUUUGAUAGAGCCCGAAUAUGAUGGUACACGUAUAAUCAUACUAAAGAUUCUUGACCUGGAACUUGACCCAUAUAUUUAUGAUUACAAUCGACAGCCAUGCAACACAGAUUUCUUGGAGUUAAGAGAUAUUUCAGCAAACCGUGUUAUUGACACAUUUUGUGCGAAUCGUGAUACUAACGGUGAAAUAGCUCCUAUAUCUAUUAAGAUAAUCGGUGUUCGUUUCGUGUCAAACACAUCAGUCUUUGAAGAUCUACCUAAUCGUCGUAAACAUCGCCGUGGUUUUAAAAUAUCGUAUGCUUUGUCAAAAUGCGGUGGUGAAAUUAAUUUUAAAGAAGAGAUGGGAUUGAUGUCAGCAGUUAUUUCAUCUCCGGGUUUUCCUCUGCCCUAUCAUCACAAUCUUGACUGCGUUUGGAACAUAUCCGCUCCUGAAAAACGUAUUCUUAGCAUUAAAUACACACAUUUGGAUUUGGAAGAAUCAUCCGAUUGUUUGUUUGAUUUUGUGGAAUUCUUUGAUGGCUCACAAAUUAAUAAUACAACCAGUAUGGGCAAAUUUUGUGGCGCAAUCGUCCCUUCCAUUCAGAUGUCUACAACUGGCCGAUUCCUGGUUGUAAGAUUUUAUUCGGACAGAAGCACCAGCAAAGAAGGAUUCAGAAUUAUUGUAACUGCCUCUCUUGGUCCAGAUGGAGGAUGCGGUGGAGUGAUAAAUAUCGGUGACAGUUACGAGCUCACAUCACCUUUGAAUCCAAAAACAGGCCAGUAUUACAAUUUUUUGCGCUGUGGUUGGACACUGAAAGCACCGACAGGGAAAAUACUGGAAGUACAGCUGAAAGAUUUAGAACUGGAAGCUCCUGAUACAGAAACAGAACGUUGCUACGAUUACAUUGCGAUUUAUGAUGGCUAUAAGACGAUAUCCCCUAUGCUACUAUCAAACACAUGUAAGAUCGUGGGACAACUUCCUUUGAUCAUGCAAAGUUCUUAUCGUACUGUGCACGUUUAUUUCGAAACCGAUUCCGACAAAACAUUCAAAGGAUUUACGGUGGCAUUCAAAACUAUUACAGCACCAUGUGGUGGUCGGAGAAUUGCUGUCACUGAAUUUGCUGAAUUGCAAUAUGAAAGUGAAAAAAUGCUUACGCGAACAUUCCCGAAGCAUCAGCGUUGUCGCUGGAUAAUUUAUUCGAAAGAGAGAAUGCCUAUACAACUUGACUUCAGUCAAUUCUCAUUUCCUUCUUUAACACCUGAUUGUACCGAUGAAUAUAUGGAAAUACGUGACGCUGGCACGCCUGCUGAUUGUCAUCAUCCUGCUUGUCGUGAUACUAGUAAUGGACUGCAGACUCUUCGAUUAUGUGGUAACACACUUCCGGCUGAUUUUAUUUCAGGAACAAGUGUUGUUCAGAUAACAACAUCUGCAAUUCUGCAAAGCGAACACACCACUAAAUUUCGCCUGUUUUAUCAAAUACUUAACUCAUGUAAUCGAACAAUCAUUACUCAGCAAUCAAUGACUGGACAUAUAACAAGUCCAAACUAUCCAAAUCCUUACGACCAUAAUUGCUCCUGUUCUACUACUUUAACAGCUUUAACCGGAUAUCAUAUAUUUUUGGUUUUUAAGGAUUUUAAACUGGAAAAAAUUCACCGAUCGUUUAAUGGUCGACUAUCUAGCCCUAUUCAGGAAAUGUUAAGCGGUGGACGAAGUUUUGGACCAUUUCAAAACGUAAUUGAUGAAUACAGUGGUCUUUACAGCAAUGAAUUUUGUGAAUAUGAUUAUAUUGAGAUAAUUGAUUCCUUUGGAAACCGAACAGAACGAUAUUGCGACUAUAAACUACCACCCAGUUUUCUCAGUUCUAGUAAUACGUUAGAAAUUUAUUUCAAAAGCGAUAGUACAAUGGCAUCUGGAGGAUAUGACGCCUACUAUUAUACUGUUCGACCACAACCAGAGAGUAUAUCAUUCGUCUACUACGACUUUGGUAUCAUAAGUGAGCUGCAAGGUGCAGUGACAAAUGUUGGCUAUCCAGGAUAUAAGAAUCGACAGAGAAUGAGAUGGAGAAUCAAUCCACCGAAUGGCCAUAAAUGUAAAUUAAUUCUCUUGACGAUGGAUUUUGGGAAGAACACUAAUGGUGAAUGCACUGAAGGUGAUCAUAUGGUGCUCGGUGAGAUCAGAUCUGAAGGAUCAGAGAAUACACCACUCAAUUACCUCCCAUGUAGAGAUGCUGUGACCUUGCCGAAAGAAAUAGCCAUCGAGCCCGGUACUUCAGUUCUCCUUGAAUUUUAUACCGAUGGUAAUACGACGGAUAAUGGUGAUGGAUUCAGAAUCGAAUGGACUUGCGAGAAUUAUUACAUUAUGCAAGUGUGA